AUGAAGCCCGUCAACCCGCCUUUGCCCCUGCUCUGGCUGCUCUACGGGCCGUUGCUUCUCAGGGUGUCCACUGCGACAUGUUACUAUCCCAACGGCAACCCAGCCACCGACGACGUCCAGUGCACGUCUGGCGACAAGAGCGCCUGCUGCGGCAGUGGUUCGAUCUGCCUGUCAAACGGUCUCUGCAUGGGCAUCGUCCAGCCCUUCGGUUUAUCUCGCGGAAGCUGCACAGAUCCGAGCUUCGAGAUUGACGAGUGCACGAAUGCCUGCACAAACAUCCAACGCAACGGCGGCUGCGCGAUCAUCCCCUACAACAACACCGAAGAAGGCGUCUACUACUGCUGCAACUCGAUCGUCAAUAACAGCACCGGACCUCGCCCGAGCUGCGCCUGGGAUACCGACCCGUUCACUCUGCAGAGCGCGACUAUUAUCCCGGGCGCUGCUCUUCUCGAGAACUACGCACAGGUAUCGGACUCGGACACCACGAAUACAAGCACGGCGGAACAGAACAAGACGGUCGACUGCCUGAACGCUGGCACAAACACGUCCAGCUCGAAUUCGAAAGAGGUCGCUAUUGGGGCUGGUGUCGGCGUGCCUCUAGGGGUCCUUGCUUUGGCUGGGAUAGCUUGGGCGCUUUAUGAGAGGAGACAACGGCUGCAGUCUGCGUCCAUGGUCUCGAGUACGAGUAAUCUCGCCUCUAUACCGGCUUAUAGCUCGGUCAGCGAGGAAUUCCACCGAAAGGGUGUCAAUCAGGAGAAUCGUCACUCGCAGCCCUUUGAACUGGCAGAGAGCACCCCGGCAUUGUCAGGAAACCCCAGGUUCGGCUGA